CUAGCUCCCCACUAGUGCUGCCUUUAGGAAGCCCCGAACGCUCGCUAUGGGAAACAACUACUCCGUCGUCCGUGAGGAGCAAGAGGAGCAAGAGUUCCAGUACCUGGUCGAAGCGGUCAAGGUUGCCCAUCGGCGCGCAGUUCAGCAGGACGAUCUUGAGGCUGGCUGGCGAUGGCCUACUUCCAGGGUGUCAGACUCUCCAGAUUACCGCAUCCUUCCAACUGUGAUACCCUGCGCCUACCCAUCCACCCCUCCGCGCCACGAUGCGAUUGUCCCCAACACAAGCACGACCCCGAUACAAUCACCUCCCUGCAUGGUGUUUCCGGAACCCAUGAUAGGCGUUCAAGUCAUGCAGCUGAGUCACAACGAUGCCACAUGCUCAAGGUCCUCUCGCAGUCCCUCAUUAUCGUCACGGUCGACGGAGAGGUCUGCGGGUGAUAGUUCACCAAGGCGACAGGUUGAAGACUACAUUGUGAUUGUUCAGGACGAUGCAGUAGAUGCCAGGGAACAGUCCCGCUCAUCCUCACCCGCGAUCGCGAGCAGCGAGAAUGCAGACGUUAGGCGCGCAGACCGCCUCCCCUCGUAUCAGCCUGACCCCAUAGCCCUCCGCGGACGUUCCAGCUCCCCUUCAAUCUUUCCUCCGCUGGCGAUUUCUCACCACGCUAGCAUUGUAUCUCCUUCCAACUU